CCUCGUUUUUUUCGCCGAGUUCUCAGUUGUCGUGAAAGCACCACAAGAGGCGGAUGUUGAGUAGAUCCAUGGUAAACAGACUAGCUAACGGUUGCCAUCAUUUGACUUCCCUACGAACAGGCUUGGGAUAUAGCUAUCCUCAUCACCUAAUUCUAAUUUUGUGGAAGAGACAACGCAUCAGGUUGUUGGACCUGACAGAAGAGCAGGCUCUGUAGGUGGAAACUCCCCACUGUCAUCAGCAGAGUGGCUGAGUGAGUCCAAGGCCAGUGGUGAGUGGAGCUUCUACCCCAGGCCCCCCCAUCCAAAGGUCCAGCCAGCAUGUCCAGCGACCCCCCUCCUCCCUACCCUGGAGGUCCCAGUGCCCCUCUUAUCGAGGAGAAGAAUGGACAGCCAGCCGUUCUGGGCUCGGCGGCCCCUGUAACGACGGGUCCUCCUCAGGGGCACCCCCUGCCUCCAGACUAUGGCCCUCCGCCCUACGAGGCCACGCUACAGCCAGGCUUCUUGCCGCCACACGUCCCAGGAGAUGGGGCCAUGCCCAUACCACAUGGUGGCUUUUACCCUCCGCCAGGUCACUUUGGCCCGGGGCAGUUUGGCCCGGGGCACUUUGGCCCGGGGCAGUUUGGCCCGGGGCAGUUUGGCCCGGGGCCCGUUCAAUUUGGGCCUGUGGCAGGUCAGACGGCUCACACGGUGCUGGCACCCCCUGGGACAGCUACCACAGUGACCGUGCUACAGGGGGAGAUAUUCCAGACAGCACCCGUACAGACUGUGUGUCACCACUGCCAGCAGCCCAUCAUCACCCGCAUCAACCACAGCGUGGGCCUCAUGAACGCUGUCUUCUGCCUCUUCUGCUUCUUUGUUGGGUGUGAUCUGGGCUGCUGCUUGAUUCCCUGUAUGAUCGAUGAUCUCAAGGAUGUGAUACACACCUGCCCCUACUGCAAGGGCUACAUCUACACAUACAAGCGUAUCUGCUAACCACCAACAGACAGACACGUGUAUAUAUAUAUUAUGCACACAUUAACUCACAACUCCUCAUGGUUGUAGUUGCAGCCUAUGUUCUUUCUCCAACAUUUACUCAGUGUGUCGUGCUUCAUUUAGCCCUCCUAACUUUACCCUCACUUUCUAAAGCACUUGUUCACACACACUAUACUUACUGUAUAUCAUAGGAGGCUGGUGGGAGGAGCUGUAAGAGGACAGGCUCAUUGUAAUGGCUGGAAUGGAAUCCAUGGAAUGGAGUCCAACACGUUGUGUCCAUGUAUUUGAUUUGUUUGGUACUAUUCCAUCGAUUCCAUUCCAGGCAUUACAAUGAGCCUGUCCUCCUAUAGCUCCUCUCACCAGCCGCCUCUGCUAUAUAUAUUGUCCAGACUCACUUACCUAGCUAUGUACAGGCAUUUAGAUAAGUGCUAGAUAGACACGUCACACAGGACUGAACUUGAUCUAAAAACAGAAACCUAUAACAAUUGAGAAAAGAUGAGUUGCGGACACGGUACAUCUUGCAUACUUUAUAAAAACGUCUUUGAUUACGGGAAGGCUCGGAAUUUGACAUUUAUGGUGCGAACUUGAGGGGUAGAGGUCACACUUUGGGAAAGCUGUAAACAUUUGUCACUUUAAUCAAAAUCGUCAGCAAUUGCUGGGUCAGUAUUUUGUUGUUUUUGUAAUUGUGUAAUGUAUUUUAACAUGUUAAUAUUGAGCACAAUGAAGGUUACGUCCAUGUCUCGAGACCUACUUUAUGUUUAUGUUCUACAACCUUUAAUGUAUAUCCAUUUCAAAUGUUACAAGUAAAUAACCAUGUAUCAGAUUUGUCAGGACAAACUCGAGUCGGUAAGACUGAGUUUAAUUUAUUUCGUUUUUCUCACUUAAGUGAGAGAAGUAUGUGUUACUGUCUUUUUUUAAUCCUCUGUGUGCUUUAGAUAGUCACUUGAUGUCCAGUGAUUUUUGCUAGAGCUGUUGCACAAUAAUGCCAGUCAUGUCCAUAUUAAUGUAUUCAAUUUUGAUAAUGAAGAAAAUGUCUGCUUAUAUAAUGGUAUUGCGAAUGCACAAGUUCCCAUGUGAAAUUUCAUACAUUCAUAAAACCAUAAUUGCCAUGACUUUACUGUAGUUUUUAUUUAUUUAAGUGGUUUAGACUGUCAUUCAGUUAGCUACUUUAUAGCCUUGCUUGCCAAGCUUCAUUACCAUUAAGACCCAACUGGUAAGGAGACUAGCUAGUUUUGUAAGACUUUUGUCAACAACUUGGACUAUAUGUCAUAUUAAGGAUAAUUUACAUGUGGCUUGGUGUCAAAUGAAGUGUCUGAGUGAAGCUGGUCUUUACUCAUAAUCCUGUACUUUCCACAAACACAUCCCCUGUCACUGAUGCAGAGCUACAUUGAGCUUCAACAUCCAUGCAGUCACCGAGCACCAUAACCAUGCACGUGUCAGAGGCUGAGAUUUUCUAGUUGAUCUAUCAGUCCAGAGAAAAACAGGUUUCCUUGUAUUUUUCCGUAUAAGAAUGGAACGGAGCGAAGCCGACCUGGCUGGCAGAGUCCAAUCCGCUCUGCUGGAGGAGCACAUUAGAAUGAUGAAGCGCUCUGAAUAUCACUGUAAUUUUGUGCACUCGUCCUCUUUCACGCCAUAUGUCCAGUCUGUGUCAUGAGGCCAAUGUGUGUCAACCUGUGCUGCCCAAUCCAAAACAGAUUAUCCUUUCACUGGUCAUGUCUGUCAGUUGAUGUUCAGAGGGAAUAAUUAAAGUAGAGUGCAUCGAGGGUUUUUCCCUCACCAGUGUUUGACUACCUUUUUUGAUGGGUUACAUAACGUAUUUAAUGAUAAACAGAAUGUCCUUUACAUUCAACCUCAUUGCAUACAUUCUUUCAUAUUCAGCAUUUCUGUGCAUAAACCUGCUACAUCUGUUAAAGCAAAGUUAAGGUCUCAAAGCCACAAUCUGCUCUUUCUUUUUAGUGUUCCUUGUCUAGGUUUGAUCACUAUUGCUCUGAUACAUGUUAGUCUGAGAUGCCAUAGAGAUAGAGGUGUACAAAAGCAAGUUCGUCACCAAGUCUUGGCUGAAAUGUAAUCUCGAAUGCAGAUUCAAGUGAUGUUAUCACCUGCUUCAUAUUAACGUGUUCGAUCCAGUCCAAGUACACCAAUGUAUGGUAUGCAAGAUCUUUUGUCUGCUUCAUUUGAGUCUCAUCUGUAGGAUCUCAUCUCCUCUCAAUACUACCAAUAACCAGCAUGAUUAUAUACAGUAAACACUGACGGCAGGUGGAGUAUGUCUGCAUGUACAUGCAUUCUUAUGGAUAUGUUUCACAGGCUGGUCUCUAACUUUGUACUCUCUUGAAUCUUCUACAUGCAGUGUGAAGUGGCUUGAAGCUGUGUAAGAACAUGUAGUAAAAGCAGAGUUUAGGAAUUGUAUUUAACUUUGAACACAAUGAUGGCCUUUGUUGUUGGUAGCUAGUUUGGUCUGUUGCCCCCUCAAAAAAAUAAAGAAUUGUAUAAUGUACAUCUAAA